CGACUGUAUUGCAUUAGUUAAAACCAAGACUGUUCUCAUGGCAGGUCUGCCACUUUUCACUAGCAGAGGUGACUUACAGGAGCAGUUUAGCAGAAUUACCGUGGCCAGUUAGGGUAAUUAAAUUGAGGUUAGAGAAAGGUUUAGGGUUAGCUAAAAUUGUCUCUGACGCGACUUGAACAUAUUUAGCUGCAACGAGGCCUGCCCUGAAAACAGUCUUGGUUUCCACUAAUGAGAUGACGCGUACCGGACAUCUCAGCUUCAGGAACUAGCUACAUAUAUGACGAGGUGUUACCAAAAUGCGCAUUUUAAUUUGCUCGCGUUUAGACCUCUGGAAAAGUUAAUAGGUCUAUUUGACAAUUGACUAAUGUCAUUUUUUUUUGUUGUCAACGUUUGACAAAAUAAUUAAUAGGACUAUCAAGAUAAAGUAGGCUACCCAGGUUCCAGUAACUUUGUUGUAGCCUACUCGGAAGAGAAGUGUAUUAUUUUAUCGAAGAAGGCACUGAAACACCAAAAGAUGGACUCACCAGCAAGCGCCCUCUCUCGUGCUGGGAGGACUUUCUGGACAGUUUGGAACUACUUAACGGAAGUUGUGGGAAGGUAUCUAAGCCCAGAGCCCACUAACAUAGGAACCAAUGACACAAACUCAAGACAGGAAGUUACUGCUGCACCACAAACAGAAGACCAUGUUGAUGGUGCGAAAAAUGAGAUAAAGGCAACUGAGGUCACUUUUGAAAUAGGCUCUGAGCUUAAGAAACCACAACAUGUCGUUGCCUGGGAACAGUGCAAUGUUAUCAUUGGUCCAGGGCUCGGCAGAGAAAAUGUGCAAUACACUGGACAAUCCAACAGAGGGAGUGAUAGCAAAGCAUCCCAUGAGGAGGAGGAUAUAAAACAAGAGCAGGUGGACCAAGCAGAAAAUAAAGACACAAUCCAGCAUGUUACUAAAGAAGAAUUAAAUAUGGGGAAAGGGGUCCAAUCGGUGUUAUUCACUGGGGUCCAGAUCUUAUUCAGAGAGCCGACAUCUGAAAGGUCUAAGGAUCAGGGAGCACAAGGACAUGCUGAGAGUUACAACUGUGCUGAAGCAAAUAGAUUAAGAGGUGAAGUGGCAGCAAGAAAAGAGGAAGAAGAAGAAGUUACUGAAGAAUUCCACUGUGGUGAAGAAGGAACCAAAACAGAGGAACAUGAAAAUAAUAGAGAUGGAGAACUACAUUUUGAUAUAGAGUCCCCAAACCUUACAUCAGCCUGUGCUGAACCUGCCGCGCUUUUAGAUAAGAAUAGGGACGAGGAAAAUAAGGACAGAUUAACGAUACACGAUGAGCAAAGUACAGAGGAUGAAACCAUGGUAAGAUUCAAUGAAAAAGUUGGAGAGGAAGAAACAGCAGUGCUCUUCAUGGAGACAGACAAAGAAGGGUGGAACGUAGCAGAAAUAGUAGAAUUCUCAGGGGGAGGGGAGAAUAGCGAUGAUAUGGAAGAACUUAGGAGGAAGGAGGAGAGUGAGGAAGAGAAUGGAACAAUAGAAGAGAUGGACACAAGAGAACAGGAAGAGAUAUUGGACGGGGACUUUGGACCAUACAAUGAUUUCAAAGUCUCAGAAAACAAUAACAAACAUGAAUAUGGUGACAAUCGUUUGAAGUUUGAUGAAGGAACCAUAGAGAAGCUUGAUCAAGAAAAUGACCCCAACCCACGACUGCUUUGUGAAGGAUUAUCAGACGAAGAUAGAAAAUUGGGAAGAGGCCAGGACAUUUUUGCUUCUGAGGCAGAGUUAGAAUUACAAAUAGCCUAUGACAAAAGAGUCUUUGUGUCAAAUGAUGAGAUAACUGUUGUUACAGACGAGCAGAGAAUGGAGUGCAAUAUUGAAAGAAUUGACAGCCCAGUGUUAGAGGAUGGAUCCAAAGUGAUUGAGGACGGGGGCACUAACAAGAUAGAAGACGUUGUAAUCAACAUUGGGACGAAGGUGCAUACAGAGGCAGAGGAUGUGAAAGAUAAAGUGACUGGACUGAAUACUUUUUUUGAUCAGGAGAGAAAUAAACUAGAGGAAGAAAAGAUCUCAAAAGAAGACGAGGACCCCCUUAAUGAAGUGGAGGAAAAACUUAUUUCAGUGGUUGAUACUGUGGAAGACAACAAUAGAGUGGAAAUCAGAGGCGUGGCGAAAUACAUUUCCCUUGGGCUAUGUGAGGAGCCUGUUGUGGCUCAGGAGCCAAAACAUGUAGCGUGUGAAGAAACUCCGGAAAUCAACAAUGGCAAAGAGUUAGACGAGAAUACGGCACCGAAGAUCCUGGAAGUUGACGACGACGAUGAUGUCAACACCACCCAUUUACAAGAAGUACACACCGAUAGUGAUACCAAACAGUUAGAAAGUGUAGAGAACACUGGAACUAGUUUUAAAUCGGACAAUUCACCAGUGAGUGAACUCAUGGAAGGGAAAGAAGAUCCGAAAACUGUUGAAGGAUUAUUUGAAAGUGAGGAUAUUGAGAAUGCCUCUGAUACAGUAGUAGACGAGCGCGCGGUCGAGAAAGCAGCGAAAUCACUGUGGGAAACGGAGAGAACAGAUUCUGUAUUACUGAAUGAAACAGACAUUCAAAUACUAGAGGACCUAGCAAGGAUAGAUGCAUCGCCAUCAGAUGAAACAGAGGCUGGAAUAGUUGACACAGAGGCCAGAAUGUUUUUGGAAACAACAGUGAUUGAGUCUGAAUUAUUGGAGGAAUUACCUGAGACUGAGUCUGGAUCACAGAAGGACAAAGAGGUAAAAAGACAUAGGACUGAGACGGAGCCAUCGGUGGAGACAGAUGUAGAGGAAUUAGUGGAAUCUGAGGCUGGGGAUACGGUGGAGACCGAAGUUGGAUUAGUGAGGACAGUAGCCGAAUUACCAGAGGAAGUUAGGCCAAAGAUUGAGCUAUUAGAAAAAAUGAAUAGAACAGGUGCUGAUUCAUCAGAGGACACCGAUGAGACAGAGGCCAGAUUUUCAGAGGAGAUAGAGACUGAUUUAGUAGAGACCAAGUAUGGGUUACAGAAGGACAUGGAAGAAGACAUACUACAUGUGAGAACAGAGACUGUGUUGUCGGUGGAAACAGUGAAGACGGAUACUGACUCAUCAGACGAAUCACUGGAGUCCAGAUCACUUGAAAUAUCAGAGGCUGGAUUAUCUGAAGAAUCAGUGGACGGUGAGGCUGGAUUACAGGAGAUUUACACAGAAAUACCAGAUGUGGAGAAAGAGUCUGGAUUAUCAGAGGAGACCAUAGAUGCGGGAUUAUCAGAGAAAACAGAUGUGCCAGACACAGAAUUCGUGAAAAAUACAGAGGCUGGAUUAAUGCUAGAGGCUGAACUUUCAGAUGAGACAGAGGCUGGAAUAGUUGACACAGAGGCCAGAAUUUUUUUGGAAACAACAGUGAUUGAGUCUGAAUUAUUGGAGGAAUUACCUGAGACUGAGUCUGGAUCACAGAAGGACAAAGAGGUAAAAAGACAGAGGACUGAGACAGAGCCAUUGGUGGAGACAGAUGUAGAGGAAUUAGUGGAAUCUGAGGCUGGGGAAACGGUGGAGACCGAAGUUGGAUUAGUGAGGACAGUAGCCAAAUUACCAGAGGAAGUUAGGCCAAAGAUUGAGCUAUUAGAAAAAAUGAAUAGAACAGGUGCUGAUUCAUCAGAGGACACAGAUGAGACCGAGGCCAGAUUUUCAGAGGAGAUAGAGACUGAUUUAGUAGAGACCAAGUAUGGGUUACAGAAGGACAUGGAAGAAGACAUACUACAUGUGAGAACAGAGACUGUGUUGUCGGUGGAAACAGUGAAGACGGAUACUGACUCAUCAGACGAAUCACUGGAGUCCAGAUCACUUGAAAUAUCAGAGGCUGGAUUAUCUGAAGAAUUAGUGGACAGUGAGGCUGGAUUACAGGAGAUUUACACAGAAAUACCAGAUGUGGAGAAAGAGUCUGGAUUAUCAGAGGAGACCGUAGAUGCGGGAUUAUCAGAGAAAACAGAUGUGCCAGACACAGAAUUCGUGAAAAAUACAGAGGCUGGAUUAAUGCUAGAGGCUGAACUUUCAGAUGAGACAGAAGCUGUCUUAAAAGAGAAGACAGAAGAUAACAUGCCAAACAAAUCACUGGAAAUUGAGGGAGGAUUAUUUUGGGAAACCGAUGAGACCGAGGCUUUGGUAACAGAGGAAGUUGUGAAGACAGGGCCUGGUGUAUCGAAGCAGACAGAUUUUGGAUCACAGGGUCAAUUACUGGAGAUCGAGGUUGGAGUAAUAGAGAAAUCCCAGGUUGAGUGGUCUGAGGAAACUGUGGAGACAGAUGCAGGAUUACCAGAGGAAAACAGAGGGGAUGGUGCAAAAGCAGGAUUCAGUUCCCCAUCAGGAAUCAAAAAUGUAGACCAGAAUCUUCAGCUUCAGUUUGACGCCUCCGCUUUGGACUUCACUGCUCAAAAGUCUCGCAUUGCCCUCAAGAAUCCACAUGCCCGUCCACCCAGGGAUCCCCGUACUCUUCUACAGAUGCCAUCUUUGACCCCCUCCCCUUCAAAACCCACCGUACACGUGCCAGUCAGAGGUCCAAUAGGGAUACCAAUGAGGGGCAUGGGCGGCAUCGGAAUCAAACUGCCUGGACUCAGUGCUUCAGGGCUCACCAUCUUAAGAAAGACCGAAAAGGGGGUGAGAGAUGAAAAGAACACAGAGAACAUCCCUCAGAAAUCUGAGAUCGAGCAAGAUGUAAGGGAUGAAUCUCCCAAGAAAGAAGAGACGCAAAACAAGCAAGAGGAGCGCAAAACUAAAUGGACACCGCCUAGACAUCCAGGAUUUGGAAGUCCCCUGAUGAUGAAUGAGCUGAAGAACAAGCUGAAGAAGACUACAAAAGAGAGCGGAGAUGAUUGACAGGACCUUUUUUUCUCAUUGGUGAAACAUGGUCCAUGAACGAUGGGCUUUAAUUUAGUCAUAAGUAUCUCCAUUUUAUUGAAAACUCUCUUUGUCUAUUUCUUUUGGAUGUCUUUGUAAGAACAGUUUCAAAUAAAUAAUAUAUUUUUGUUUUGGACAGUG